UCUUCAAACGACACCAGCAAUUUGGCUGGUGACAGCAGAGUGCCAUGUUUGAGUCGAAAUUCGUCUGAUGUUUAUGUCAAUACGAGUUGGUAUCGAUUAACCUCGUACGAUGUCCCGAAAACAUGUAAGGUUAUUGCUGCGGUGCCGGCGUAUUACGAAGAACUGGAGAACGGCUCCUAUGAAACGGCAUUGAAGAUGCAGGAAUCAGGAUUUCGGAUGAGAUGGUCCGUCGAGUGUCGGAAUUGCAGAGCCAAGGGUCGUGGAUGCGUUUAUAAAUCUGCAGAUACAGAUUUUCUCUUCAAAUGCGAAGCAGAAUACGAUUACUAUGCUGACCUUGUAUACAUAUACACUGUGCUUGCAGCAAUGAGCCUGGCUGCUCUCAUUGGGUUUAUCAGAUUCAUCCUUCUUCCACUGGUUAUCUUUGCUUUCCUUCUCCACAAAUAUUUGUCUACCAGAAACAAAAUUGAUUACGGCAGGGAAGAACCUUCACAGAUUCAGCAGCCAUUUUCACCAGAAAGGUUCAAUUAUACAGAUAUACUUUCAAUGGCAAACAAUUUCAAAGACAAACUAGGCCAAGGUUGUUUUGGCACUGUUUACAAGGGACGGCUUCCCAGUGAUCACGCCAUUGUUGUUAAAAAGCUUGAGAGCAUCAAAGUUGGUGAAGAUCAUUUCAUCAAUGUAGUUUCCAUUAUCGGUCAAAUUCAACAUCCGAAUUUCGUACCAAACCUAGGGUUUUGUUCCGAGGGGUCGAAACACGUUCUCGUUAACCAAUACAUGCCCAAUGGAUCUCUCGACAAGUAUAUUUUCACCGACGGUGGAAAUCCAGGUUUGUUUAGUUGGGAGAAAAUCUGGGAAAUUGUUGUGGAAACGGGGCGAGGGAUCGAGCUCUUACAUGGAAGAUCCGAUGGUGGCAUUGCUCAUUUAAAUAUUAAGCCUCAAAAUAUAUUGUUGGAUGAGAAUCUCAGACCCAGAAUUUCGGAUUUCGGGCUAUCGAUAUUGUACCCAAAGAAGCAGGACUUCAUGCCAUUUUAUGGAAGAAGUGAAACGAUGGGGUAUAUGGCACCUGAAUUGAUGAUUUCAAGGGAUUUCAAGGCCAUGUCAUGCAAAUCCGAUGUUUACAGUUUCGGAAUGAUAAUGCUAGAAAUGGCAUGCAGAAGAAGGCAUGUCGAUGUCGAUGCAAUCAAUUCGAGCAAAGUGCAUUUUCCUACCUGGGUCUAUGAACUAAAUGAGAGGGGUGAUUUAGAGUUCGAGAACCUGACAGAAAGUGAUGCCGUAAUAGCCCGAAAGUUGUUCGUAAUCGGAUUAUGGUGCACUCAAACUCCACCAUCGGAUCGCCCCUCCAUGACCAGAGUCCUGGAAAUGUUACAAAGGAACCUCCAUGAUCUGGAAAUGCCUCCCAAACCAGUCUUGGCUGAAUACCUGCGUGAAACAGAGCCAGAGUCGGAUUCCCCGAAAGAGAUGCUAUUACCUGAGACCGUGGAGAGAAGCUCAUAGUAAUAUCAAAGAACUUUUCUACCACAAUUCUUUCAAAUUGCUACUGUAACUCACCAUUAAAGCUCUUCACCAGUCUGCCUUCAUCUGUACUUUGUAUGUAUAUGUUCUUCACAAACUCUUAUAAUUA